CUCCCUGGCGGUGUUGCGUGGCGGAGGGAUACAUUUCACCCACAGCAGCGAGAACAAACAACAUCACUGCGCCCCUUAAACCGCUUCCGCCGGGACCACUCUCUCUCUCUCCCUCUCUCUCUCCCUCUCUCUCUCUGCUCUACAGACAUGGCUGAUCAGCUGACAGAGGAACAAAUCGCAGAGUUUAAGGAGGCGUUCUCGCUGUUCGAUAAGGACGGAGACGGCACCAUCACCACUAAAGAGCUCGGGACGGUGAUGCGCUCUCUGGGACAGAACCCCACUGAGGCUGAGCUGCAGGACAUGAUCAACGAGGUGGACGCUGACGGUAACGGAACAAUCGACUUCCCCGAGUUCUUGACCAUGAUGGCCAGAAAGAUGAAGGACACAGACAGCGAGGAGGAGAUCCGCGAGGCCUUCCGGGUGUUCGAUAAGGAUGGAAAUGGCUACAUCAGCGCUGCAGAACUGCGUCACGUCAUGACGAACCUCGGCGAGAAGCUCACAGACGAGGAAGUGGAUGAGAUGAUCAGAGAAGCCGAUAUCGACGGAGACGGUCAGGUGAACUACGAAGAAUUUGUACAGAUGAUGACCGCGAAGUGAAGCUUCCUGUCAUCUUAGAAGAAAAAAAGUUUUAUUUACCUCUUAUGGAAAAAAAUCUAGUUAUUGAGAAUUGUUUCUGUACAGAGAACGAUUGAAUGUUGAAAUUAAAAUAUCUUCCUUCUGUCCACACGGAUAUAAAAUCAGAAAAUCUGCAUGAAACAGUUAGUGCUCCCUCCCUGCAGCUCCACACUCUGUGAUUAAAGAAAUAAAUACCGGACCUCCAGCUUCCUACCUACACACGCAGCACAUGUAAAGCUCGGGUGAUGUGGUGAUCUCAUUUCUCUCCGUUUUCUCUUCUUCCUGCAUGCAGAGUGAGAAUGAACGUGAUGUACCCGACUUUUUAUAUAUCGAGACAAACAGCCACCGAUGUUAGGCAUGUGCUGAUAUUAAACUUAUACAUUUCUUACAAUAAUUACGUAAUAUAUUAGUCACAACAAAAAAAUUAACAGUAUAUUAACAAUUGGACAUAAAGAAAUCAAGAUCUUUUUAAAAUUUCAACAACAAAACGUGAGGAAAGUCUUUAAAAAAGUAUUGCAUGUUAAAUAUUUCAGUUUCUUUUUUUUUUUUUUAAUUAUUAGCACAUGCCUACUGAAUACCAGCUGAGGGAAAGGGACUGUUACUAUAUGGUCAGAAAUAAAAUAAAUAAAUAAAUAAAACUAGGUUAAAAAGUCUUAAACAUUUGGCAUGAUUUAGGUUUCAGUGAAUUUUUUUAAAGGGUUUUGUGUUCAUUUUUGCUUGGAUGGCUCUCUUCCACUGUGGAGGAGGAACGCAUGCGUAAUAUUAUUAUUAUUAUUAUUAUUAUUAUUAUUAUUAUUAUUAGAGAAUUUGCUGAGUUCAGUUUACAUCCAUUCCAGUUGUACAUGCUACUCUUUUUUUGCUCUCUUGGGUUUUU